AUGGCCGAAGAAGAGAAUCACCACCACCACCACCACCUCUUCCACCACAAGAAGGAGGGGGAGGAGGAGAAUACGGAGGUCGAGGCGGUCCACUCGGAAACCGGCGACCGCGAGAAAUAUGAGAAAGAAGAGAAGAGCCACAAGCAUAAGGAACACCUCGGCGAGAUGGGAGUCGUCGCCGCAAGUGCUUUUGCCUUGCAUGAGAAGCACAAGGCGAAGAAGGACCCGGAGAACGAGCACAGACACAAAAUAGAGGAAGAGGUGGCGACUGCAGUGGCAGCAGGGUUAAGUGGCUACGUCGUCCACGAGCAUCACGAGAAGAAAGAGGCAAAGGAAGAAAAAAAGAAGGCGGAGGGAAAACACCACCACCUUUUUUAA